AUGAAACGCGCAAAGUGGAACAAAUCACUCACGUUUAUAAUUUUCCUCCUGUUAUAUGUGAUGAACAAUGGGGUCCACGCGAAUGGAAAUGAAUUGAAAGGAACGGAUGGGGUGGAUGUUCCAAACCAACAGGACACCACCAACGAUUAUAACACCUCUGAGGGCAUUUCAAAUCAAGGACAAAGCGCAACUUCCAAUCAUAACAAUCCUGCCUCCCACAGUGACACACAAAAGGCAGAAGAAGGAAGUGAUGCAAAGCAAGGCAAUACUUUCCUCGAUGAGAAAAAUAUUGUACAAAAUGUAGAAACCUAUUUUAUACCCGAAGGACAAAAUAAAGUGUACCAUACUGAUAUGGGCACGGUGAAGGAGGGGACAGGCAUGAUGGGCCAUGUACAAAGGAAUGCACACUUGAGAACCACGUCCCACUCCCCCUCGCAGGGAGCAGUAAAGCAGGGGUGUAACUCCGUUCAGGGGAAUCCGUUCACCUUGAAUAAAAAUGGGGCGAAUGUUAAACAUGUCGCAAAAGCUCAGGAUGAUCUGGUUCAGACCCAAAAUGUUGAUGUAGGCAAUGGAACAGAAGAAAAAACAGACGAAAACGCAAAAGAACAAACAGUAGAAAAAACACAAGAAAACACAGAACAAAAAACAGACGGAGAUAAACAAACUGAGAUUCCCUCUACCGGAGAACAAAUUGCGGAGGAUUCAGACCACGCACAGAAGAUAAAGAACAGGCUGCUCAAGGAGGGGAGAGAAUUGAAAGAAACGACCAGCAUGAUCGAUAACGCAGUGUACAACGUGGAACAGCUAAUUAUAAAAACCAAGUUCUACGCCACAGCAAUACGAAACUUUGUACACUUCAAAGUUAAUCACGUUUGUGAAUAUUCCAAGUGUGGGCCAAACGCUCGAUGCUACAUUUUGGAGAAGGAUAAGGAGCAGUGCAGAUGUUUAGCUAAUUACAUGCCUGAUGAAAGUGUAGAUUAUUUUAAGUGCAUACCUAAGACAGUAAAGGAAUGCUCGAAGGACAACGGGAAUUGCGAUGUGAAUGCAGCGUGUUCCAUUGAUAAAAACACAAAUAUAAAAUGCCAGUGUAAGCAUAAUUACAUUGGGGAUGGGAUAUUCUGCGUCAUGGGUUCUCAGGAGAAUCAGUCGUUGUGCCUACUUAUCUUGCUUCUAAUUUGCUUUCUUCACAAGUUUCUUUUUUAG